AUUUAAACGUUUUGCCCCACAGCUAGCCAGGAGUGCGUUCAAAGUCUGAAGCUCAAUUUUAUUUAGAAGCCUUUCUUUUAAUCACUGCAAUUCCUUAAAACAUAUUGGUCAAAAUGAAGUGGUUUGUCUAUAUUGGGCUGUUUAUAUUUCUCCUCCUCAACAUCCUAACUGAUGCCAGUGUAAUCCGACAGUCGGAUGCUCACCAUGUGGAAAAACGAAGCCCUCCUUAUUGGCCUUACUCCACAACUGAUUUCUGGAGAUAUGUGGAAUAUUUCCGAAGCAUUGGAGACUAUGAAAGGAUCCAGCAACUGGCACACAUUUUCUAUGCUCAUUUCCCUAUAGGGAAUACCAUGGGCUAUGACACUCCAGAACAACCAGAAAUACAACAAGAAGUACAAGUCGAGAUUGCAAAGGAAGCAGAUGAAUAGGGAAGAAAAGACACAAUGAGUUAAUGCCUUUUAGUUUAACAUGUAAACAAGUAGAAUUUCAGUGAAUUACAUUAGAUCUGAAUUAUUGUAACAUUAUAAUCUGCUUUAUCUAUCUGGUGCAUCUAAAUAGUGAUUAAUUGUAUGACCCCUUAUAUAUAAUCCUGUUACAGAAUUUGCUUAAAUUGUAUUAAAAGCUUCUCUCACAUUA